UUCAAGGCACCAUGAGGAACAUUUGCUUUUGGAAACUGUGGCCUUGGGUGGCAGUGUUUCUACUUCCUGCUUCUGCAUCUGUGAUGGUCAGGGGCAAGCCAGAUAAAACAUGCCCUAUAAUGAGAACAGAGGGACAACAGUUUCUACAAGACAACAGAAAUAAACUUGAAGUUUCAGGUUUUGAUCUAGGAGAGAGCUUUUCUCUGCGACAUGCAUUUUGUGAAGGUGAGAAAACCUGUUUCAAAUUGGGAAGUGCACUUCUUAUUAGAGACACAACUAAGAUAUUUCCCAAAGGCCUUCCUGAGGAAUUCUCUGUAGCAGCCAUAUUUCGGGUACGAAGAAACACCAAAAAGGAGCGUUGGUUUCUAUGGCAAGUUUUAAACCAGCAGAAUAUGCCACAGAUUUCAAUAGUUGUUGAUGGUAUAAAGAAGGUGGUAGAAUUUAUGUUUCAUGGCGCAGAGGGAGAUAUGUUGAACUACAUUUUUAAAAAUCGAGAGCUUCGCCAUUUGUUUGAUCGUCAGUGGCAUAAACUUGGCAUUGGUGUUCAAUCUCGAGUCCUUUCUCUUUACAUGGAUUGUAAUUUAGUUACUAGUCGACACACAGAAGAAAAGGACACUGUGGAUUUUCAUGGAAGGACAGUCAUUGCUGCCCGCGCUUCGGAUGGCAGGCCUGUGGACAUAGAACUUCAUCAACUUAAAAUCUACUGCAAUGUAAACAUCUUAGCUCAAGAAACAUGUUGUGAAAUAUCAACGAGUAAGUGUCCUGAGCAAGAUGACUUUGGAAGUACCACAUCAUCUUGGAUAACUUCUCAUGCUGGUAAAAUACCUGCAUAUCUUCCGGCAAAGCAUGAACUUAAAGAUUCAUGUCAGUGUCUUCCAAACAAGGGGGAAGCAGGAUUACCAGGAGCACCAGGUUCCCUUGGACCAAAAGGGGAGAAAGGAGAGCCGGGCACAUCUGGCAGCAAAGGUGAUUUUGGCACUCCUGGGAUUCCUGGUGAAAAGGGUGAGAAUGGCUUGCAUGGUGUUCCAGGCUUACCUGGUCAAAAGGGAGAGCAAGGUUUCAAAGGCAACAAAGGAGACAUUGGUGAAAAGGGUGAACAAGGAGAUAAAGGAGAACCAGGUGUGUCUGGCCUCAAUGGACAAAAUGGUUUGAAAGGUGACUUGGGUCCUCAUGGUCCACCUGGCCCAAAAGGAGAAAAGGGUGAUAUGGGACUUCCAGGACCACCAGCCUUAACUGGUUCUAUAGGGAUACAAGGCCCCCAAGGUCCACCUGGGAAAGAAGGUCAGAGGGGAAGACGAGGGAAAACCGGACCUCCAGGAAAACCAGGACCUCCAGGACCCCCUGGUCCUCCUGGGUUACAGGGAAUACCACAAACUCUUGAUGGAUAUUUCAACAAGGGUGAAACUGGACUGCCAGAAUUUCCAGGGUUUAUUGGCCCUAAAGGCCAAAAAGGAGAGCCUGGGGAGCCUUUAGCCAAAGGUGAAAAGGGAGAUAGAGGAGAUCCUGGCUUAAUAGGAUCACAGGGAAUAAAGGGAGAACCUGGGGACCCUGGUCCCCCUGGCUUGACAGGAAGCCCAGGACUAAAGGGUCAGCAAGGACCUGCAGGUUCCAUGGGGCCCAGAGGACCACCAGGAGAUGUUGGAUUGCCAGGAGAACAUGGCAUUCCAGGGACACAAGGAAUUAAAGGAGAAAAGGGAGACUCAGGUGGGAUUACAGGCCCUCCUGGACUUCCAGGCCCAAAAGGUGAAGCUGGUCCCCCAGGGAAAAGCUUGCCAGGAGAACCUGGAUUAGAUGGAAAUCCUGGAGCACCUGGUCCUCGUGGACCAAAGGGUGAACGAGGACUGCCAGGUGUCCAUGGUGCCCCAGGUGACACAGGCCCACCAGGAACAGGAAGUCCUGGCAGAACAGGCUCCCAAGGACGACCUGGAGAGCCAGGUAUUCAGGGUCCUCGAGGUCUUCCUGGAUUGCCAGGGGCUCCAGGGACCCCAGGGAAUGACGGCACUCCAGGGAAAGAUGGAAAGCCAGGUUUGCCAGGCCCCCCAGGUGACCCGAGUGCACUUCCUCUCUUGGGAGACAUUGGCGUCUUGCUGAAGAACUACUGUGGCAACUGCCAAGCUAAUGUUCCUGGGCUGAAAAGCCACAAAGGAGAUGAAGGAAGAGUUGGGGAGCCUGGGAAGUAUGAUUCUGCAGCCCGGAAGGGUGAUAUAGGGCCACGGGGUCCUCCUGGAAUCCCAGGCCGAGAGGGACCAAAGGGCAACAAAGGAGAACGGGGCUACCCUGGAAUACCUGGGGAGAAAGGAGAUGAGGGUCUUCAAGGAAUUCCAGGCAUGCCAGGUGCUCCAGGCCCAACUGGACCUCCUGGCUUGGUGGGAAGAAUGGGACACCCUGGUCCCACUGGAGCAAAAGGUGACAAGGGCAGCGAGGGACCUCCUGGAAAACCUGGACCACCUGGGCCACCUGGUGCACCAUUCAAUGAAGGAAAUGGCAUGAGCAGCUUGUAUAAAAUCCAGGGAGGCAUGAGUGUUCCCAGUUAUCCAGGGCCACCUGGUCCUCCUGGCCCAAAAGGUGAUCCUGGCCCAGUGGGAGAACCAGGUGCAAUGGGGUUGCCAGGCAUAGAAGGAUUUCCUGGUGAAAAGGGAGAUCGAGGUCCAGCAGGUCCCCCAGGAAUGGCUGGGAUAACGGGGAAACCUGGUGCCCCAGGCCCUCAAGGAGCUCCAGGGGAGCCGGGUGAGAGAGGACCUAUUGGAGAUAUAGGUUUUCCAGGACCUGAGGGACCAGAAGGAAAGCCAGGAAUAAAUGGAAAAGAUGGAUUACCAGGUGCUCAGGGCAUCAUGGGUAAACCUGGAGACAGAGGCCCCAAAGGAGAACGUGGUGAUCAGGGAAUCCCUGGAGAUAGAGGCCCACAAGGUGAACGGGGAAAACCAGGCCUUACAGGCAUGAAAGGAGCCAUAGGUCCUGUGGGGCCACCUGGAAGCAAGGGCUCCAUGGGAUCUCCUGGCCACCAAGGCCCUCCAGGCUUCCCAGGCACCCCUGGCACUCCGGCUGAUGCUGUUUCAUUUGAAGAAAUAAAAAAGUACAUUAAUCAAGAGGUCCAAAGGAUUUUUGAAGAGAGGAUGGCUGUGUUUUUGUCCCAGCUUAAGCUCCCUGCAGCAAUGUUGGCUGCUCAAGCCCAUGGAAGGCCUGGUCCACCAGGGAAGGAUGGGUUACCUGGACCACCAGGAGAUCCUGGACCUCAAGGCUACCGAGGACAGAAGGGAGAAAGAGGGGAACCUGGUAUUGGGCUGCCAGGGAGUCCAGGCCUUCCUGGGUCUUCAGCUCUAGGUUUGCCAGGCUCACCAGGUGUACCUGGGCCCCAGGGCCCUCCAGGACCCAGUGGGAAAUGUAACCCAGAAGAUUGCCUCUCUACUGUGUCUCAUGUCCAUCGACGGACCGGUGGGAAAUGAACACACUGGGGAUUGUUCCUGGGAAUAUCUCCUUGCCAUUGGAACUGUCUACUUGCUUCAAAGCCACAAACUCUCAAGCUUGCGGGAAGCUUUGCUUUGCUUUUCGUUCUUUUGAAUUUUUAAUUUUUUUUGA